AUGCUCAACAGCACCCGCUACAUUCUCAACCGCCAAAUGCGCAGCACCGUCGAAGACCUCGUCACGCUGCACCGAUCCCUCUACUUCCUCCAAUUCAUGCUACGCAGCCUCUACCGCCGCGUCGCGCGCACCAUGACUACCAACAUCGCAGCCCCCAACCGUGUCCGGCUCGCAAAGCGCGCAGUCUCGCAACGCGAUACCCACACCUCACUCCGCGCACACUUCUCCCUACACGAAGCACGCGGCCUCAUCAUGCUCGACUUUGCCGCCAACGCCAUACGCUCAUGGAACCAGAUGCCCGGCGUGACGGUGGACGGCGCGGGGGUGCGGUCGUUUCCGCGGGUUUUUGGGCGCAGCGAGAGGCGGAUGUAUAUUCUUGUGCAGAGGCUGAUGGAUCAGCAUGAAGCUAUGUAUAGCAGCGUUGGCCUGAUGCUGAGGGACUUUUAUGCGUUUACUAGUCCGUUUUAUUGUGGGAUGCAGUAG